CAUAAUAAUUAAUAGUAAUGUGGGAAUGGGGAACCCCGUUCUUGAAGAAUGAUUCCCUCCAUUCACUAACACAAGACAACAUCAUUAGCACAAGCCUCUACCUGUCCGUUUCUCACCCUCUCUUGCAUAACACAUAUACUAGUAGUGCCUAAGCCUCAACUCCUUCAUCUCAUGGUUUUUAUCAAAAUACAUUUAUACCAAACCCUCAUCAUUUGGUUCUCUCUCAACCGGGGCCAGCAGCGAACAAAAAUCAUUAUUGUUUUCUGAAUUUAUGGACUAUUGUUAAAUAACACGCGCUUAUAUUUUAUUUAUCCCUUUUCAUUCCGACUAAUUUUUGGUAUGACUAGUGUUGCUCACCACCAAAUGACCCUAUGAUUAUCUCUGAUAACACUUGUCACCUUCUUCUAUUAAUUACCUCAUUCCUUAUUAUUUUUUUAACUUUUUGGUCUCACUUCAUCUAUCACUAUUCAUUCGCCUUGGUUAUUAUUUAUACAUGAUGAUGAACAAGUUAUGUGGUGUGUGGUGAAUUUGAUGCAGAAGUAGUACAAGUAGAUGGAAUCAUCGUGUGUCCCACCUGGUUUUCGGUUCCACCCAACGGAUGAAGAGCUUGUUGGUUAUUAUCUGAGGAAGAAAGUGGCAUCUCAGAAGAUAGACCUUGACGUUAUCAGAGAGAUCGAUCUCUAUCGUAUUGAACCCUGGGAUCUCCAAGAGAGAUGUAGGAUCGGGUAUGAAGAGCAGAACGAGUGGUACUUCUUCAGCCACAAAGACAAGAAGUAUCCGACGGGGACUCGAACGAACAGGGCCACCAUGGCGGGGUUCUGGAAGGCCACCGGAAGAGACAAGGCAGUGUACGACAAGGCGAAGCUGAUCGGGAUGAGGAAGACUCUCGUGUUCUACAAAGGGAGAGCCCCUAACGGCCAGAAAACAGACUGGAUCAUGCACGAGUACAGACUUGAAUCCGAUGAAAACGGACCCCCUCAGGAGGAAGGGUGGGUUGUUUGUAGAGCAUUCAAGAAAAGGACGACAAACGGGCAAACGAAGACUAUGGAAGGAUGGGAUUCAAGCUACUUGUACGAGGAAGGGAGCGGCGGCGGUGGCGGCCCGGUUGUUGAGUCAAUUGAGCAGCUGCUCUCAAGGCAGAGUCGUCAUCAUCAUCAUCAUCAAAGCAGCUUCAUGUGCAAGCAAGAAAUAGAGAACAUGCAUGCAAAUAUAGCAGCAGAGCAAUUUGUACAGCUUCCACAGCUUGAGAGCCCAAGUUUGCCGCUAGUUAAGAGGCCAACAACAAGCACAAUGGCACUAGUCUCAGAAAGCAACGAAGAUCAUAACAUGUUAUCGAAGAAAGUAGUGACUGAUUGGAGGGAUCUUGAUAAGUUUGUGGCAUCUCAACUGAGUCAUGGAGGAGACAGUAGUAGGCACGAAACUGAAACCGAUGAUGCAGCAGUGCUCCCAAGCUUUAUGGAUAAUAACAACCAUGACAACAGUGAUAGCAUCUCGGACAUGUCAUUGCUGCAGCUUCUGCAGAGUAGUAGUAGUAAUAGUAGGGUCAACAAUGAAGGGAACAGGUUGAUGAUGAGCAUGAGCCCCUUUCUAAACACAAGCUCUGACUGUGAUAUUGGGAUAUGCGUCUUCGAAAAUUAAAUUAUUAACAAUGUCUUGCGUUGCGUGCAUGGAGAACAAUAUAUAUAGCUAGAUCUUAGUUUCUUACAAUUUCAAUUCCAUCAGUGCUGAUGGAUGCUUACACAUACUACAUGCUACUCCUAUAUUUUUGCAUAAACAUCUCAAUGUGUGGAAGCUAAGAAUGAAGAACAAUGCGUGUGCGUGUAUGUGUUUGUGUGCAAAUAGAGAUGCAUGCGUCAAGCUGGCUCUACAAUCUAGAUAAUGGGGCUUUUAAUUUCCCUUUUUAAUAUAUAUAUUAGUUAUUAUUAUUAUUA